CAGCGGAACUAAAGUGCACCGACGACCCUGUUUUAAGACUACGCUUUAGUCCGUCGAUCAAAUGUGUCCCCCAUGUAACUCAUCAUGAAUGAUUACGAAAAGCGUGUAGUUGUGCAACGUUAGGUUCAUGAAACCCGGCUUUUGUGGCUUUACAGUCAGCUUCUUCCAGAGAGACAAAGGUACGAUCGAAGGAGAGCGGUCUGUGAAUCUUUUUGCUGUCAUUGUCAGCUAAUGGUGACCUGACGACUGGAGUUGGCUAACGUUAGCUCUGCUAAGAUAAAGAUGGCCACAGUCUCACCUCACAGCCGCAGCCGAGCUGAGGAUGAGGACGACCCCGUGGAGCGGAUGAUAUCGCGCACCGGCUGUGCGGAGCUGCACUACGCCGUGCAGGAGUGCAUGGCCGAGCACCAGGACUGGCGCCGGUGCCAGCGGCAGGUCGAGACGUUCAAACAGUGCAUGGUGUCCUUCCAGGCCCAGCGGAGAGAGCAGCUGGCCAAGCAGCAGCCGGCCGCCACGGACUCUGCUCCCAGCUGAACACCGGACACCACACAUAAAGCCAUGCUUGGCGUGUGUGAGGAGGGAACAAAUCAGACUUUCUCUUUUACAAGUGAUCAGGAUCUGCUUUGAUUAUUAUUUGUACUAUUAAACAAUUAUCAGUAUGUACAUGAAACCCUGGCGUUGAUGUUGAACAUUGUGUGCUUGAAGGGGGAAUGGCAUUUGUUUUGCAGCAGAGUGCCACAAAGGUGCUCCUUUUCAUUAUGCAUAAUGAUUAGUAAAAUGUUUACUCGUUGGCUUGA